AUGCCGCUGCACGACGACGCCCUCCGGGAGGUGUGGGCUUCGGACAGUGGGCACGAGGAGGAAGGUCCCAGUCCGGAGGCUGAGCGGCGCCCCAAGCAGCGACCCGCAGCUGGGCAGAAGCUGAAGAAGAAGAGGAGCGAGGCUCCUAGAUCCCCCGGCGCCCAGGGACCCAAGCCUCGGAGAGCUGGAGCGGGGCGGAGUGGGCGUCUGCGGGAGGAACCUGCUCCCGACCCCGCGCAGCCCGGUGGGCCCCAGCGGAGCAUCUACACUAAAUUCCUCCGAGACCCCGAGGCCAAGAAGCGGGACCCCCGGGAAACCUUCCUGGUAGCCCGGGCUCCAGGUGCCAAAGACGAGAAGGAGGAGGAGCAGGAGGAAGAGGAGAAGGAAGAAGAUGACAACGGGAAUGCUGAUGAGGAGCAACCUCCCAAGAGGCCCCCCAGGGAGAAGACUUCUGCGGCACCCAAGGAGAGGAAGGCUAAGGCCCAGGGAGACACAAAAAGCCCUGAGCUGGUGACCAAAAAGAAACCUCUUCGUGCUAAGAAGAAGGAAGCCUCAGCCGGGGAGGGGACGAAAAUGAGAAAGACCAAGAAGAAAGGGUCCGGGGAGGCUGACAAGGACCCCCCAGCCAGCCCGGCAGCCAUGAAGAAGAGCCCUGCGGCCUUGUUUCUGGUCGGAGAGAGUGGCUCCACUGAGAGAGCUGGAAAGAAGAAAGGUGGCCCGGAAGAGGAGGAGGAGGAAGACAGUGAGGACGAGGAGGCUGCGGCUGUGGCAACCAAGAACAGCAAUCAGAAGGGUAGAGCCAAAGGAAAAGGCAAAAAGGUGAGGGCUAAGGAAGAGAGGCCCGUGUCUCCCCCCGUGGAGGUGGAUGACCCUCAGGAGUUUGUGCUACGCCCCGCACCCCAGGGCCGGACAGUGCGCUGCCGGCUGACCAGGGACAAGAAGGGCAUGGAUCGGGGCAUGUACCCCUCCUACUUUCUGCACCUGGACACGGAGAAGAAGGUGUUCCUCUUGGCUGGCAGGAAACGGAAACGGAGCAAGACCGCCAACUACCUCAUCUCCAGCGACCCCACCAAUCUGUCUCGAGGAGGGGAGAAUUUCAUCGGGAAGCUGAGGUCAAACCUCCUGGGGAAUCGCUUUACCGUCUUUGACAAUGGGCGGAACCCGCAGCGUGGAGGCAGCAGUGCAGACGUAGCGAGCCUUCGGCAGGAGCUGGCAGCCGUCAUCUACGAAACUAACGUGCUGGGAUUCCGCGGUCCCCGACGCAUGACAGUGAUCAUUCCAGGCAUGAAUAUGGACAACGAGAGGGUCCCGAUCCGGCCCCGAAACGCCAGUGAUGGGCUGCUGGUGCGCUGGCAGAACAAGACGUUGGAGAGCCUCAUUGAGCUACACAACAAGCCACCCGUGUGGAAUGAAGACAGCGGCUCCUACACACUCAACUUCCAAGGCCGCGUCACGCAAGCCUCCGUCAAGAACUUCCAGAUCGUCCAUGCGGAUGACCCUGACUACAUCGUGCUACAGUUCGGCCGCGUGGCGGAAGACGCCUUCACCCUCGACUACCGGUACCCACUGUGCGCCCUGCAGGCCUUCGCCAUUGCUCUCUCCAGCUUCGACGGGAAGUUGGCCUGCGAGUGA